AUGCUGGCGCUCCAAACCCCACAUCUCAGAAAAUCAAUCCCAACUCGAAAAAUCCGGCAAUGCGGUGGCAGUGGCGGCGAGAAUGAGAACGAGGGCGGUAGUGAAGGGGAGAAAGAGAUUGGGGACGCCAUAGAUCUGAAUAUCCAUGGCGUUCGAUGGAAGUCGACUAAAUGGGUUUUCCUUUUCGAUGGAGAGUGGGGGCUGUCCGAAGGGGGAAAUGUGGACUUGUUUUGCUUUGGGUACGGCAAAACCCACAGACCAAUCGCCCUCGUUCUCAAUCAACGGCAAAACCCUUUCACGGGCCGAAAUAGUCGGGUACGUCGUGACCCGCGUGCUCAAACCAGACAAAUUCCUCCGAUUCGUCGUCGACGACGGCAUCGUUGCAUCCCCUGCGUCCUCCGGCUCAACCACGUCACGUCUUCUUACUUCUCCAGGCGCAGUCCGCUAGGUGUUCGAACGAUUGCCCGAACGCCUCGAAAUUCGCCGCUCAGUUUAUGUGGGUACGGGGUAGGAUCACUGGAUUCAAGGAUUUGGUUCAGAUCUCAUCUCCGAUGUGGUCAUCGAGGUGGACCCCAAUGCCCAGGUUCUGGCUCGACUGUGCUAGGCUCGCCAGAAAAUGUUACGCUGCAGCCCGCCAGGUGUUUGGUCGAUUUACCGAACAGCCUCGAAAUUCGGUGCCCAAGUUCAGGUGGGUGCUGCACGGGGUAGGAUCAUUUCAUUGUCUUUGAGCAGUGACCGAUGAGUGUACAAAGUCAAAGGCACCAUUUUCUCUCCGCAAAAAUGCACAAGAAUUUAGGAGUGAUCAAGUGGUGAAUGAAUGAAGUCUUUUUGGUGUUUGUAAUUGAUAGUUAGUUGCAAAUAGUUUGAUGGAGAUUUUUUGGUAUCAACUCUUUGCCAUUUUUUCAGUUGUUUGCUGGGGUUGUGGCGGUCUGCACGGAGUAGAAUUUGGUAUUUAGUGUUUCGAUGUUUCAUAUUGUUUUUGGAGUUUUUGUUAAUAUAAUACAUUGUUUUCCUACAAAUAGUACCAAUAAUAUUUGUAUUCAGUACCUGUUUUUUAUCAU